UCGCGAGAGAGCUCGACCGGCAGCUCUUACACGACCCCCGACCGCCUCCUAUUUCAGGGUACUUUCAGUUCCGUUUGGAUACCCGAUCACAGAACGAGGUGGUUUUCUCCCUCCCGUCCCCCUUUUCUCUCUCUCUCUCUCUCUCUCUCUCUCUCGCUUUUUCACUCGCCCACUAACGUUCUCUCUCUACCAUACACACACACACACACACACACACACACUCUCUCUCUCUCUCUCUUUCUCCUACAAUCACGGCCUCUCCGUCCUUCUCCUUGGAGUUACCCCUCACUCUGUCUACCUAGCUGUUGCCCCUUUGGCUCUAUCCGCGCACACGCCUCACUUCUGUCCGCUUCGCCUUUUUCUCGACCGCUGUCUCAGUCUACCGCGAGUCGCCUACGUCUGCUUGCAGACCCGCGCGUGUCACAGUGCAUCAUCGUCAUCGAAGGAUCAUCUGGUCGGACACCGGCCUGACUCUGCCACGUAGCGACCGGUGGGUGCGAUAUGUCGGCUACUCGUGCCUUGUGCGGGAAAACGCGAACAACGUUGCCGGAACGUCGUUGAACUCCCUCUGUCCAAGCCCACCAUGGACAUCGAAUAGGGAUGCUGUCCACCGAGAACGAUGCUACUACCUUGUCGCGUACGAGAAAGGUUAAACGAAGUGGAUUUCACGUAGAUAGGGAGCAGCACGCUUGGCCAAGUUGCCUAGAUACGGGCAAGCACCGUGUUGCGCUCCGGUGAAGUAGGAGGAAGCGAAAGGAGAGGUGGUGCUAAUACACGAAAGGAUGGAGGGUGCGGUGGACGGUAGUGGGACGAAGAAGAUGAUGCACGAGGCCGAACAGGCUACCAACGCAGGCUCGUGCUGCGUCCAACAAUCGCGAUAGCAUAGUAGCAGCCUUCUUCGGAUACAAUCGCGUCUAUGAUAAUCUCAUGAGAAGCGUUGCUCGUCGAAGCAACACUGUGGCUGGCCGGCUGCUCUCUAAUAAUAAUUUGCCUCGCUUCCUCGUCAAACCUCGAAGAUGUGCUUGUGUCUCUGACAGUGAAAGGAAUACCUAACACCUGUGAAUCGAGUGUCUAGCAAAAAAGAAACUCGUGAAACUUUUUCUCCCUUUGUAUACGCCGAGCUGGAUAACAACGAGCCUUUUCUAAACAACGCCAGGAUAGGGGGUUGGCGUGCUAUUGAUAAAUGGUGGCAGGCGGCUGAUGCCGGAAACAAUUGUAGGAGUUUCCUAGAAUGCUGAACGACCGAGAGGACCUAGAACUCUAGCCGUCUGUCAUUGGACUGGAAGAAAGUUCCACACCUCUUAUCGUGCAUAGUGAUGAUGGUUGUAUGUGUACGUACGAGUGAUUAUGAUGUUUCGAGUCAGUGAUAGAAGCGAAUUGACGGGUAACCGUUCGUGACGGUGACACGUAAACAGUGAAGUGAACAGAAUACCGAAAGCCUUUUGCCAAUAGGAGAUGGCAAGUCUGCAGAAUUCAUUCGCGAUGGCGAAUCAGACGAGAGCUCUGACACAGAUGCGAAUAAAGCUUUGUAUGGUCAGCGCUGGUCUCCAAAUAGUCCUUUUGCUCACCGUCCUACCUCAAGAGAGUCUGUGCGGACAUCACGAGAAACGUUUAUUGAAUGAGCUGCUGUCGACAUACAACACCCUGGAGCGGCCUGUUGCCAACGAAAGCGAGCCUCUCGAAGUGCGAUUUGGCAUCACGUUGCAGCAAAUCAUAGACGUGGAUGAGAAGAACCAGAUAUUGACGACGAACGCGUGGCUCAAAUUGGAAUGGAUGGACUACAACCUCCAAUGGAACGAAUCCGAGUACGGAGGCGUGAAGGACCUUCGAAUUACACCAAACAAGCUUUGGAAGCCAGACAUACUCAUGUACAACAGUGCGGAUGAGGGUUUCGACGGGACGUACCAAACAAACGUGGUGGUCACGCAUAACGGCAGUUGCCUGUACGUUCCUCCGGGCAUCUUCAAGAGCACUUGCAAGAUAGACAUCACUUGGUUCCCCUUUGACGACCAACACUGUGACAUGAAGUUCGGAUCCUGGACCUACGACGGCAACCAGGUGGAUCUGGUGCUGAGUUCAGAAACAGGCGGUGAUCUGUCCGAUUUCAUUACGAAUGGAGAAUGGUACCUUAUUGGUAUGCCAGGGAAGAAGAAUACCAUAACGUACCAAUGUUGCCCCGAGCCAUACGUGGACGUGACGUUCACCAUACAAAUUCGUAGGAGGACCCUGUAUUAUUUUUUCAACCUGAUCGUGCCAUGUGUGCUGAUAUCAAGCAUGGCUCUUCUUGGUUUCACAUUGCCACCAGACUCCGGGGAGAAGCUGACCUUAGGAGUGACGAUUCUGCUGUCGCUGACAGUAUUCCUGAACCUCGUGGCAGAAAGCAUGCCGACGACCUCGGACGCAGUUCCCUUAAUAGGAGUGACCAUCUUGUUAUCGCUGACGGUGUUCCUGAACCUUGUCGCCGAGACUCUGCCUCAGGUCUCCGACGCUAUACCUCUGUUAGGGUCAUACUUCAAUUGCAUCAUGUUCAUGGUGGCGAGCAGCGUAGUAUUGACGGUGAUGGUGCUAAACUUUCAUCACAGAUCACCGGACAGAUACGUGAUGCCACAAUGGAUAAAAACGUUGUUUUUACAAUGGCUGCCAUGUUUGCUGCGCAUGAGUCGUCCGGGGAAGAUCACCAAGAAAAAUAUCCUGAUGAGCGGUCGGAUGAAGGAUAUGGAGCUACAGGAAAGAAGUAGCAAGAGUUUACUAGCGAAUGUUUUAGACAUCGACGAUGACUUUCGUCACAGAAACAGCGGAGCAAAUCCUCCUUCCGGUUAUAUAAGGUCGACGUACGGCACACCGUUGUCCACUGGAAGACCAGCGACAGUCGAGGAUACGUCCGCGUCGUUACCUCUUAGCGGUAUGCAAGAGGAAUUGCAUACAAUUCUUAAGGAAUUACGGUUCAUUACGGAUCGUAUGAAAAAAGCGGACGAGGGUGAUGAAGUAAUUAGCGAUUGGAAAUUUGCCGCUAUGGUGGUGGACAGGCUUUGUCUGUACACAUUCACGUUGUUCACGGUUCUGGCCACGAUAGUCAUAUUGUGUCGUGCGCCACACAUAAUCGUCCAAUAAAUAGACUGCCCCGGUCAAGUCACCGAAAAUAUGCACAAAAAAUGCCAAAGAAACGACGACACGUGGAUUUCGAGGAGGCUGCAACGGGAGAGCCUGACGAAGACAACCAUCUCCCUUGCUUUAUAUCUCCCUCUUCUCGCUCUCCCAUCUCUGUUCUCCCGUUUUCUUCUCCGGCCAACGAAAACGGAGAAAUUGGACGCGGAGCUUCCGGUUGAGCGAAGAGGAAGCUGAAGAGAAGAGGAUGUUCCGAUCUGUAAAAAGGAUCAAUUUCUUCAAGUAGGAAUGAAAUGUCACGGGAGGAGGACAGAGACGCCUCGACAUUACUGUUGACAAUACACGGCCACGUUGUGCGUUCACUUUCUUCGGUUACCCUAACUUAAACCUAAUUAAUAGACCGCUGUCACCUUUCUCUCCGGAUAGAAAAAAAUCAAUGUUCGUCAUUCAAAUCAUUUCGGAUGAUUUUCUCUCUUUUUUUCUUUCCCUGUAGGAAUUCGAGAAACGGUGCUGUACAUUUCUUCGGGAGAACGUUGUCGCGGCCUUUUUCAAGCAUAGAGAAUGAACAACAAUAAUAGUAAUAAUAAUAAUAACAACAAGAGAAACAACAAUAAUAAUCGUAAUAUAUUAAUAUACUGUUAAGGAUUAUUGAAUGAUACUAUUAACGAUACUUGUGUUAAUAAUGAGAAUAAUAAGUCACUCGUAUGGGUCACUCGUGGAACUGAUACGGUCUUUAUAUUACUGCCAUAAGAUACUCGAGACAGGGGUGUCCAAUGUUCUCAAGAAUUUGUAUCGUGGAAGAUUGAUAGGUUGGGAAACCUGCGUACACGAAGGCCAUAGAUCUACAGUCUUAGAUAGAAGAGUAAAAUCUGGCAAAUUUUUUCGAUUGAGAAAAAUGUGAAUGAGAGGGUAUAGCUGCCAGGUACGUAAUGAAUUUUUCUAAAUCAAGUCGAUUCAAUUCAAUACAAUUUCGUUCAUUACUUUUUUGCAAUUCAAUUUAAUUUAGUUUUUAACAACUUUAAAAGAAAGAAAUCAUAAAAUAAAAAAUCUGUUAUAUAUGUACAUGUAUACAUAUUUCUGCACACAUCUUAAGGUAUCCGAAGAUAUUUUUGGAUUUUCUGUAUUCAACAAAAUAGCAGAGCCGCAGGUGCUUCACGGUAUUUACUUUUGAAGAGAGCGCCUAAGAGUAUAGUCACUGUGAGGUAGAUGUAGCUGUGCCAUUUUAUUGAGAAAAGAAAAUCCAAAAAUAUUUUAGUAUACGUACCGUAAGAUACGUACACCAAAAUGUAUGAUUCAGAUUUUUCAUCAAGUCCACGAUUUCUAUUUAAAAAAAAUCAUCAAAGAUGCUUUAAUAAUAUUUUUAGAUUCAAACUGGUGCAAUUAUUUUCAAUUCCUUGCAGUUCACUGAAAAAAAUUUCAGUUUCCUUCAACUUAACUAUCACGUAUGUAUCUGUCAACUAGUAACCAUUUGUCACUAAUGAUUUCUUUAAAAAUUAAUCCGACCAAUUUAGACGAAAACGUCAAGAUUGUACCUAUUCUUCUAAUUGUAAGAACAGAGUAUAGUAUCGUCAACAAAUUAUGAUAUGCAAAUCAGUUGCAAAUCAUCAGGAAUUGGAGGGAAUGAAAUAACAGACAAAAAACUGCCAGGUUGGACAACCCCUGCUUUCCGUACAGACACGAAUCUGAGUUAUCGAAGAAUAUUCUGAUGAAUGAUUUUUGAAUUGAACUGCGAGAAAGGUGUUUGAUCGCGCGAUUAAAGCAUACCCUGCUUACCACUUAAUUUUACCGACCAUAAAGAAGUACUUCAAUGACUGUACAAGGAUCUGAAUUUCCUCUUUGAAAAAAAAUCAAAAGAAAUUUAAUUUUCUAAUUAAUUUAAAAAAAUUAUUGUCGUCUUAAU